UUCGUGUGUAAACAAAAACAAAACAAGCAAAAUGUUCACCACCAGCCAAUUAUUUUUCGUCUUGUCUUGCUUCGCCCUCUCACAAGCAGGCAUUUUAGGUGGAGGGUAUGAGGAGAGUUAUGGCGGUGGAUAUGGUGGUGGACUCGAGUUACACGGAGGAUACGAAGGUGGUCAUGAUGAUGGAGGACACGCUGAUUACUAUGAACACCCAAAAUACAAAUUCAACUACGCCGUGCACGACCCCCACACGGGUGACGAAAAACAGCAAUACGAAGAAAGAGACGGUGACGAAGUAAAGGGAAGUUAUUCCCUCAAGGAAGCUGAUGGUACAACCAGAAUCGUAGAAUACAAAGCCGACAAACACAACGGAUUCAACGCCGUGGUACACAAAGUCGGCGAACCCCAUCCACAACUAGAAUCAUACGGAGGACAUGGACAAGAAGCUUAUGGAGGCCAUCAUUUUUAAAAACAACGACGCCCAUCCGGAGGAAGACUUCGCUGGAACGGGAUAAAAUAUCAAAUUAUUAUUUUGCGUUAUAUUGUUAUAAUUUAGAGUUAAUAAAUUUGCUUUGUUUUCAA